AUGUAUUAUAAUUCCGUUCAAUCUUCAAAACCACCACAACCAACUGCUUAUAAUUAUCAUCGUCAACAUCGUCAGCAGCACCAUCACAGUUCUCAUCAUUCAUCUCCAGUAUCACAGAUUCCAAAUGUUUCUUCAUUUACAAAUCAUCAUUUUCUAAUGAAUAACAAUAAUAAUAAUCAUAGCAUUCAGUCUCAACAAACCCUACUUUCGACUCCGACAUUAUUGCCGAAUCAGUCCUCAGCUUAUUUUCUUGAUAGAAUAGAUUUAGAAAAUUAUUCAACAAACAUAUUAAAGCAAACAGUCGAAAAUAUUGUAUCCACAACGCAAUCUAAAGGAUUAAAGGUGAAAUUAUCAUUGCCAGACGAUGGAUUAAUAAUCAAUAAUAUCACCGAUCCAAAUAAAUCAUGGUUAUUCAAAAAAUCAGAGCUACUCUACUUUUGGCGUGAUUCUAAUUACUUAAAUAUAAUUGUCGUUGUGACAAAAAACCGGUCACGACAUCAUCCAGAGCGACCUUAUUCAGCAUCGAUAUUUCGUUUACGUGGUACGGAUUCUACUCAGUUGUUUCUUCAACAAGCUCAAAUCUUUUUUGCUAAUUUAUCAAUAUCAGCAAGUACUUCAAAUACAUCGAAAUCUAGCAGAAAUAAAUCAGUUGAAAAAACGAUUCUAAAAGAAAAUCGAACUAGUGAUCAAAAAUCUUUAUCGAGUAUUAAAAUGAAAACUAAGCCUCAUUCAAAUGCUAUGGAAAAGCCGAGUUCUACAAAGAAAACUGUAACUAAUCGUGAUCCGUCACCACAAACAACAGCAAAAACCAAUAUACGUCGUGUUACGCGAGCAGAAUUCGAUACUGGUAGAGCAACAAUAAAUUCAGCAAGGAAAAAAUCUAAUAAUCGAACAUACAGUGAAACAGCAUCAUCCAUCGACUCCCAAACAACAAGUUCGACGCGAGAAGUUUUUAUGUCUACAGAAAAAUCUGAUGAUAAUGACGAUGAUAACAUGAGGACAAUAGCAGCAAACAAUAAUCUAUCAACAGAACAGAUAGCUGAAUUAAUGCGUGAAUUAAAACAAUUACGGAAUGAAAUAGCAUCGUUAAAAUUAGAAAAGAGAAUACUGACAUCAACACGUUCGAUGAGUACGAGCCCAUUGACUGUUGAUCCUGAACCUCUGAAACAAAGAACAGAUUCAUCGACGGCGACAACAUCACCAACAUAUACUGAUAUAACAUCACAAUCGGAAGUUGAUGCUGAAACACAAACUGAUUUUAGUUUACCACAAAUUAGACGAAGACAAUUAUCGAAGAAAAAUAAAAAAACAAUGAUAGGAUCCAGUAGUAUUGUACCAACACUGCAGAAAAAAAUUGAACAGACAGAAACAAGAAAUGGCAGAACAUUAUCUAGUAGUUCAACAACUACUGGAUCUGAUCAAGAAGGUACAUCAGUAGAAGGUUCGUCGCAGGUUGAUACUUCAUCAAACGAUACAAGUUUAUCAUUGACUCAAGAAACAUAUCAACCGCCAACCGUAACAGUAGCACCACCUCGUCCAGUAUUAGUUCGAAAUCAAAAUGGUUUCGUUCCUUUAAAUAAUAACAGUUUACCAUCGUACGCAAUAUCGAAUGGUAAUCUUGCGGUAUCUAAUUUCAAUUCUACUGAAGAAAGGCCAUUACUGCCAGCUACGUCGGCAAUUAUAGAGAAAGAAAUGCCUACAUUUCCUUCCACAUAUAUUUCUUCUUCAAAUCAAGAAAUUAUGAGACCACCCUUACCAGUAAUUGUAACAGGAACUACUUCAAAUCUUCCAUUGCCUUCAGAAAAUUCAAAAGCUUCUGUAGAACAUAUCUAUGAAAAUAUACCUAUUAUAAUACAACCAAACUCGAAUCCUGAUAGUUAUCAUAAUAUACCUAUUAUUAAUGUGGAUGAACAACAGCAACAACAGCAACAGCAACAGCAACAGCAACAGCAACAACAACAACAACAGGAGCCAUCCAAUGAACAUGUUUAUUCAACAAUCCCGAAUAAUCAUGAAUCUGGAACGCAACAACAAUAUCCUAUUUCAGGACAAACCAUUUCGAAUUUUAAUCCAACAGUAGAUAACGGUUCAUCUGAAAAUCAGCCACCAAUAACAACUAUUCCUCAACAAAAACCACAAAUAAUAUCGGCCGGUCGUCAUCGCAAUCAACCGAUCUAUUUUGCAAAUCAUUUAACAAAUCCUAUAUUCAAUAUCGAUAAACAAUUAUUAAUAAAUACAGUUGCUAAUCAAUUCGGCGUUGAUCUGAACUCGCCACAAUUACAACAACUAGUUACAAAUCAACAUUUAUUUGCUGCACGUAAACGAACAUUUGCCAACAUGGUUUGGCAAUUAACACCUGACGAAGAAACUGCUCUAUGUUCGCCACAUACAGCAAUACAAAUCGAUCUUACCGAGACAGAACCACUCGAUUCCGAUUAUGCAUCAAAUCGCUCAAUAUUAAAAGCAAAUAAUGGUUUUCAGUCAACACCAAAACGACGAAAUAUUACUUGGGAUAGUACAUUAGACUAA